AGAGUGAAUUGCGAGGGAGGGAGAGGUGAUUGGAGGGACAAGGGAGGACGAGUCUGUUGUUUUGGGCAGGUAUGGGGCUGCAGGAAGUCUGGUUAGAGGUGUGGUAGUUUAAAGCGGUUGUAGAAGAUUUGUGUAUUUUAUCGAAAAGACAAUCAUACUGGAGAGGGGGUUGUUUUUUUAAAAAAAGCAGAAGUGCCGUGUACGUGCCGGCUGCUGCGUCUGGUUGAAUGACUAGAAAUGACUGUAAGAGAGAGAAAAUGAAUCAAUGAACAAGGUUUCUAGUGAAUCUCAAGUAGAAAAUGGAACCCUUGAUUCCUCCAACCACCCCAGGAGAACAGGUGUUCACAGACACACAGUGCUUCAUAGCUGACUAUGCUUCUGAGGUGGGCCUGUUUUCAGCUGAUGGGUGCAGCCCAGCCCACUUCACUGACUCUGUGGAGCUAUUGGGAGGGCCUGGUGACCUAGGAGAUAUCUUCUGCUGGAAUGACAGUAUAGAUCAUUGCAUCGCCUAUCUUAACAAGGAACUGGUGGCACUGGGGAUCCCUGCCCUAUAUAAGGAUGAUGGUUCUGGAGAUGGUACUGAGCGUGGCUUUGACCUCCUGGCAUUAGUUAACAGUGCUUGCAGACUGCUGAAUCUCUACCAGGGAGUGUCCUCCAAACUGGGUGACAUGGAGGCAGAGGAAAUGCGACAGACUGGAGAACUGGAUUACCUGAGGACACGACAUGGUAAACUCAAGAACCAGGUAGAAGCUUGUGAACGGGAAAUUGCAGCUGUGCAGAGCAAGGAGCAGCAACUUCAAAGCAAGAACAAGCAGCUGAAUAGUAUGCUGAAAGGAGAAAAGGAUGAGAUUACCAAGCUCCUGAGUGCUCUGGCAAAUCAGAAGAGCCAGCACAUCCAUGAAAUGAAGAGAAAGGAGCAAGAACUAAUCCGACUCAAAGAAAAGAUGAGCCAGCUGGUGAAUGACAAGAAGGACAAGAGAGGAACUAUUGAAGUCCUCAAUGCCCUGCCCCGGGCUGAUGGCAAGAGGGGAACCUGGAAAACUGGAAAAUCUCUUGGCAGGAAGGAGGAAGAGCUCUACCGCACCCAGCUAGCCAAGCAGGAACGGCGGGAGCAAGGUCUGGCUUUGGAGAACACCCACCUGAAGCAGCUGCUGAACCAAGUGGGCCAAGAUAUAGAGCAGCUGCUGGGCACUGACAGGGGCAGUGCCCAGGGCACAGAGCUAAGCUGUCCAUACAGGGCUUUCCAGGAACAGUGGUGCAGCCUCAGGAACAGCAUCAAGACCGUUGGGGGUCAAGCUGUGUAUCUUGCUAAUUCCUGCGUAUCCAAGGGAGGAAGGCAGAACCCUGUCAUCAGCAUAACAGAUCAUGACAAGGAAAUAAUGAAGCUAAAGGAGGAGAUUGAGGAGAGCAGAGUGCUGAUUGCACUGCAGCAGCAAUGUUUCCAGGAGCAACUGACUGCUGCCUCCAGUUCAGAGCUCCCAGCUCACCUGAAGGGUUCCUACUUCCUAGAGGAACAGCAGCGGCUGCAGGAAGAGCAGGAUAUGUUUGAGGAGCAGAAGCAAGCAUUUGAAGUAGAACGGAAAAACUUCACUGAGGCAGCCAUUCGGCUGGGAAGGGAGAGGAAGCAGUUUGAGGAACGCAAGGCCUUGUUCCUACAGCAAGGAUUCUUGUGUUCCUUGCCAGGGCUGGAUAUGAGAAAACCUACACGAAGGCUUUCUGCCCCAGUGGCUGUCAGAAGGCAAGAUGAGCAUUUGCUCAAACUAAGGACAUGGAACAAGCCCAUCUGUAGCCCUUACCCAAAGGUCAUUCUCACUCCCUGCCGAACCCCAGUGGAGAUCUUCAGAAAUAAACAGCUUGCGUCUAACCCCAAUAGUCCCAUCAUGUGCAGACAACAGUUGCUCUUUUCAGAUGACUGGCCAGCUUCUCCCGCACAGCUCAGCCAAAGUAAGGGGAUCCACCAAGACACAGCGUGCCAAACAGAAAUGCCUGUGAAGGGUGACCUUCAGGGUGACUUUUUAGAGCACUUCCUGGACAGCUUCUGCUAGGAAUGUCCUUUACCAUUUUUUUUUAAAAACGGUGUUUUAAUUGUGUUAAGUUUCAUUUAAGUGUAUUUUGCCAUCAUAGUUAUAAGAAGCCAAAAUGUCAUGCAGAACUCGUUAGCCUCAGCUGCACUUACGAGGGAUGUCUUCCUCUCAUUUGGAAUAUGAAAAGUAAUUUAUUGCUCCUGCUUAGGGAAAGCUAACAGGAAUGAACGUUACAACUGAAGUGUCUUGUAUAGAAGGUAUAUCAUUGCUAGACCAUGCUUGAUAUUGGGAACUGGUCCUUUGAGCAGCAGCUGAGUCUUACCUGUGAACGCAUCUGCUUUUAAGGAUGUACAAUAUUGACUCCCUCUUUCCCACAUAUAUCUAAGAAUGUACCAGUGAGAAAGGUUUCUAAGAAUGUACAACCUGAGUGCUUGGCUACACCCCAAUUAUCUCUAAGUUUUAUCUUGUGUUUGUGGUUCUAGGAUUGAAACAUGUCUCUUUAGGGGUUCCUACCUUCUUAUAAUAAAGAUACUUUUUUUAAA